AUGAGUCAACUACAACCUCAACCAAAGCAACAGGAUUUGAUAAGCUUGAGCGGAAUGAAUAUGACACAGCUAUCACCUGCCUUGAUGCCAAUGAAUAUGAACAAUCAGAGUACGAACAACAACAACAACAUGCCCACCAGUCAAACACCUCCACCAAUACCAAACACAAUGUCACCCAACAACAUCAGUCUGAACCCAUCGCCAAUCGGUUACAUGGGCAUGCCAUUCGUCUCGCCCUAUAUGAUCAAGCCGAGCAUAUACUCUACACCGCCACCAACCUUCCCGCCCACCGGCACCGUCUCGGCACCAUCGACCACGACAACCACGCCCAUCCCGCAGUCUCCACAUCUGCCGCCAAAGAGCACGCCCUCGUCACCACCCCACUCUCCGCGCACAAAGGAGAAGAAGGACAAGGAGAAGAACAAGGAGAAGGACAAGGACAAGGAGAACAAGGACAAGGAUGGCAAGGAGGAGGAGCAGGACUUCUGCACAGAGUGCUCAAAGAAGGCCAAUAGAGAGUGUGUUCAUAAGCGAUGUAGAGGAUGUUGCAUCAAGCAGAUGAUGGAAACAAAGAUCAUCUGUCUCGUGCACAUCAAGGACGAGAGCAGGAGACCGCGAGCCAAGGAGCAUCCCCACGCAGAGACGAUUCAGGCCUUGAUCAAUCAGGCCCAGCAGCAGUUCCCCAACUUUAACAUUGUCGGCAGCACAACCAACACCCCGGCCGCCACACCUGUGGCAACACCGUCCGUUACCGCGAUGGUACCCACGGCCACACCAACGAUUGAGCCACUGACACUUGGCGUGUCUCCAGUGAUCAAGUCCACACCGAUGCAUGCACCAAUCACAACCCCAACGCGUCCAUCGGCACUCAACCUGGCAACACCCUCGACGACAUCGCCAACUCACUCGGUGGCCACACCCGCCGUCCCUCUGAUGCCGCCACAGCCCGCCGACGGUGCGGUGAUGAUGCAUCAUGCUGCGAUGGCUCCAGUUGAGCAGAAACAAACGUCAGAGUACCAGAGCACGCACAAGGCUCAGUCACAAUUCCAGCUGGCCUUCAUCAACAUGCAGGCGAUGUACAUGCAGCAGAUCUCCAAUCAGCGACUGAUCCUGCAGCGCGACGACAAGUUCGCCUUCUUCACAUGCUACAAGUGCCAGAAGGAGCAGAUCAACAGCGAUCAUAAUAUAUUCGAAGACGAUCAGGAUAUCUUGGUCAUGUCAAAGUCAAAGGCGACAGAGAGAUACAAUGAGAGGAUUGAGUGGCUGGAGGACUUGUUCUCGCCAUCGCCUGCACCAGUGGGCGACGACAAGGCACACCAUCAGCAUCGCAAAUCAAAGAUUAUCGAGUUCCAACAGCGUGUCCAAUCAUUGAUGGACAGCUUCGCAUCACAAGUCACACUGGACAGCAUCAUGAAUGAGUCAACAUGCUUUGACAAGUACUUUAGCAAGUUGUCAACUUCAUUAUCAAUCGAUGAGUUGGACAACAUUCGAAAGCAGUACGAGAUGGAGAAGGGUAUCCAACUCCCACAACAACAUGCAGCAUGCUCAUUGUCAGCGUUGCAACCAGUGCCAGUGUCGAUCAUUCAGCAACCAAAGCAGCCAGAGCAACAGGCCUACUAUCAAUUUAUUGAGAGCGACAAGUCAUUCAAUGUACAAAGCCUAUAG